UCCAUUGCGGUGCAGUUAGCUGCGGAUAGAACCCGAGACUCAGCUCUAGAUUCAGUAGAAUCCAUAAGUGGCAACAUCAGCGACGUGCAGUUUUGAAAAUAUUCACCAACUGAAUAUCGUCUAUUUUGACACACAAAUCUUUAAGUGACAUUCCUAUAAUUAUAUUCAAGUUUUUGUGCAUUCCUUAAACAAGGCAAAUAAAUAGCAGCGCAAUGAUGACAAACAAAUUCGCUUUUGGCGCCUUGGCUCUUCUAACCAUUUGUUUGCUGGCCAUCUCAAGGACCGAUGCGGCACCAAUGCCCAGGUACCAAAGCUCGAAUGGCGGCUACGGCGGCUAUAACGAGCUCGAGGAAGUGCCCGAUGAACUUUUAAUGGAGUUGAUGACACGCUUUGGCCGCACCAUAAUACGAGCACGCAACGACCUGGAGAACUCGAAGCGCACCGUGGACUUUGGACUGGCGCGUGGUUAUUCUGGCACUCAGGAGGCGAAACAUCGCAUGGGACUCGCUGCAGCCAAUUUUCCCGGCGGACCGGGACGAAGGCGGCGUUCGGAAACCGAUGCUUAAAUAUCUUAAAACAUCUCUCGAUCACGAUAAUGUCGAAAACUAAAUGCGAAAAUCUAUUAAGAAAAUUACACAACAACAACAACAAACGUUUUUACAAAUUUUGCGGAUCUUAAAUUUGAGUUUUAUUUUUCGAAAUAUGAUUUUUCAAUAUUUCAGCGCUAAUUUCGAUUCAUUGUAUAUACAUAUAUAUAUUUAUAUUGAAGUUAUUUCAAUCUACUAUAUUUGCAAAUUAAACAACACUCGCAUGUUUGCUAAAAACACAAAAGAAAUAUAUUAAAGGAAAUUUUCACGGAAUAAAAAGACAAAAAUAAAAAUGUUAAACUGUUGCUCCAAAGUUAUAAAAUGUUUAUGCAUCCUUUAACAAUCAACAAUAAUAUAUAUAUAUAUAAUAUAUAAGAGUACCACGAUCAUGAUCCCCUCUCGCUCUCUCGCUCGUCUUAAUGUUUGAAACAAAUCAAAAAAGAAUAAAACAAAAUACGAAACCAAUUGAAUUGCAUUGAUAUGAAUUCGAAUUAAUCAAAAAUAACGCGUAAUAUUUAAGCACAAGUACAAUUCUAUACCAAAUAUUCAAGUGUAAUUAAAAACUCGCGCAAAAAAUCUUUAAAUAGGUAUGCCUUGGUCUAACACACACACACACACACACAUACAUACACACUCACACUUACACCAACACAUACAAACACAAAUACACUACACGCAAAUCUUUCGUUUACUCUUCGCUUUAUUUGUUUUUGGCUUUUUUAUUUGCUAUUUCUAUUCGGAACUUUGGAAAUACGCGACUUCUCUUAGGCUUACUAUCUACUAAACUACACUAACUUUGAGUUAGUUUUCGAAAUAUUUCUUGUAAAUAUAUAUAUUUGAUUUGUGUAACACGAAUAUAUCAAAAAUAUCGGAGAACGUACAUGCAUACAUAUUAUAUACCAUACAUAUAUGGAUUAAUGUGUCUAUUGAAAAUCAAUAUCGUAACGAACAAUGAUUAAAUAAAUUUACAUUUAGAGA